CAACUAACUAGGGUUCUUCCUUCAACUCUCACAUCAAAUAGUGACUUUUCCAGAAAACUCUCUCUCUCUCUCUCUCUGAGUUAGGUGCCACACUUUUUCACACCCAAAUAUUAAAGAAUUAACAGAUCUUCAAACACCAAAGUCUGCACCCACAUUUAAGGUAAGUGAAAAGAUCAUGGCUUCUUCAAGCUACUCCAAUUCUCCAUGUGCAGCGUGCAAGUUUCUGAGGAGAAAGUGCAUGCCAGAUUGCAUAUUCGCCCCAUAUUUUCCUCCAGAGGAGCCUCAGAAGUUUGCAAAUGUGCACAAGAUUUUUGGUGCAAGCAACGUGAGCAAGAUUCUGAACGAGGUGCAACCCUAUCAGAGAGAGGAUGCUGUGAAUUCUCUGGCAUAUGAAGCAGAAGCAAGGAUCAAAGAUCCUGUGUAUGGUUGUGUUGGUGCCAUUUCAGUGCUCCAAAGACAGGUUCUUAAGCUCCAAAAGGAACUUGAUGCUACAAAUGCUGAUUUGAUGAUGAUGGUGCCAAAUAGUAGUAGCAGUAGUAGCAGUGCUCAUCUUCACCAUGGAGGAAGAAACAAGAUGAGUAGUGAUGAUGAUGGUGGUGGUGAUGGUGGUGGUUCUUCACAUGGUUUAAGCUUCUAUUAUUCUUCUUCUGCUAAUUGGAACAAUGAUCCUUCUGAAAAUGGCUUCCCCAGAGGAGAUUUAUAAGAAGAUAUAUAGUGUGUGGUUAAUUCUCAACCCUCUAUGCAUCAAUUAUUAUAC